AUGGAAAAUGAUAUUUUAAAAGAUUUAGAUAUAUAUCUUCAAAAAGAAUGUGAAAAAUUUAAAUCAUUUGAUUCAUUUAAAAAUGUUCCUUGGAAUAUUCAUAGAGUAACUCCACUUUUUAAUUUUAAAAUUCAAAAAUAUGGUAAUGAUAUAAUGUUACAAAGAAAUUAUUUAAAUAAAUUAACAAGUGAUUUAAAUCAAUUUUUAAGUCAUAAUUUAGCAUCAAUAAAAAGAAAUCGUCAUUUUGCCUAUGAAUGUAAAAUUUUAAUAAUAGAACUUGAUCCAAAUAUAAUCAAAGAAAAUGAAUUAUUUCCAAGUAUUGGUAUUUAUAUUUCUUCAAAAAAUAUAGAAGCAAAUGUAAAUAAAUUUUCAAAAAUAGUAUUGGUUUCAUGUAGAAAUAUUGAUACAGAAAAAGGAACUUCAUGUAAAAAUAAUUCUAGUGAGCCGCAACUUCUUUCAUAUAAUAUGGUACUUUCAAAUGGUGAUAAAGAAAUAAUAAAGGAAGCCACAAAAUGGUUGCAUUUUAAAUAUGAUUGCUCCAUUUCCGAUGUUAUAAUUCAACCUUCAUAUAUUUAUUCAUUAAUGUUACUUUGGAUGACUAGAAAUUCUGAUAAAUUUUUUAAUAGAUUAACAACAUCAACAGAAACAAAAAAUACAACACCAAAGAAAAUAAUUAAUGAUGAAAAACAUAAAAAAAUUCGAUAUAUCGAUCAAGAGUAUGAUAUUGAUGAUUAUGAGCAUUAUGCUAAUCAAGAAGAUGAUGAAGAUGAUGAAGAAAAAGAAGAAAAAGGAGAGGAGGAAGAAGAAGAAGAAACUGAUAAAGAAGAAGAAAUUGAUAAGGAAGAGAAUUUAUCAAACAUUGAAGUUUCUGAAGAUAAGUGUUCAGAUGAUGAGGAAGAUGAAGAAGAUAAAGAACUAAAUAAUAAAAACGAUCAAAAAAGAAAGAGAGAAAAUACAUCAAAAAUCUCAAUGAAACAAUUCGAAUUUAUAUAUUCUUUUGGUCCUACUAUGGGCAGAAUUAAAAAAAAAGAAGAAAAUGAUCAAUCAUUACAACUUCUUACUUUAAAAGUUCCUUCAAAAACAAUGUAUAGAAUAAUUUCACAUUGCAAUAAUGUCAAUCCAAAAUUUAAUUCGCUUGAAAAAAGUUUAAAAGCAAAUCAAAUAAUGGAAAUUUUAGGUAAUAAUUUUAAAAAAAUUUUAGGUUUUUCUUUAGAUUCUUUAGCAUUUGUUCGAGUUGUAACAUCUGAAGCAUCACUGGAAGUUUCUGGAAAAGUUAAUAUUUUUAGAGACCCUUUUAUUACUUUAACAGAUUUAUCAACAUAUGUUUAA